GCGGGAAGCUUCUGGGCGGGCGCGGUGCAUUGUGGGGUGCGGCCGUGUGUGAGGCGCCGCCGCGAUCGCAGCCGGGAUGAUGCCAACACCAGUUAUCCUGCUGAAGGAGGGGACAGACACCUCCCAGGGCAUCCCUCAGCUCGUCAGCAACAUCAAUGCCUGCCAGGUCAUCGCAGAGGCCGUGCGCACCACGCUGGGACCCCGGGGCAUGGACAAGCUCAUUGUGGAUGACCGGGGCAAAGCCACCAUCUCUAAUGAUGGUGCCACCAUCCUGAAGCUCCUUGACGUUGUCCAUCCCGCUGCGAAGACGUUGGUGGACAUUGCCAAAUCUCAAGAUGCAGAGGUUGGUGAUGGUACCACAUCUGUAACUCUGCUCGCUGCUGAGUUCCUGAAACAAGUGAAGCCCUACGUGGAGGAAGGGCUCCAUCCUCAGAUCAUCAUCCGUGCCUUCCGCACCGCCACGCAGCUGGCUGUAAACAAGAUCAAAGACAUUGCUGUUACUGUGAAGAAGGAAGAUAAAGAUGAGCUGAGGAGCCUGCUGGAGAAGUGUGCAGCCACAGCCCUGAGCUCUAAGCUCAUCUCCCAGAGCAAGGAGUUUUUCUCCAAGAUGGUUGUAGAUGCUGUCAUGAUGUUGGAUGACUUGUUGCAGCUCAAAAUGAUUGGAAUCAAGAAGGUGCAAGGAGGUGCUUUGGAAGACUCCCAGCUGGUGGCUGGGGUUGCCUUUAAGAAGACCUUCUCCUAUGCUGGCUUUGAGAUGCAGCCCAAGAAGUAUCAGGCUCCCAAGAUCGCGUUGCUCAACGUGGAGCUGGAGCUCAAAGCUGAGAAGGACAACGCCGAGGUCAGAGUAAACACCGUGGAGGAUUACCAGGCCAUCGUGGAUGCAGAGUGGAACAUCUUGUAUGACAAACUGGACAAAAUCCACAAGUCAGGAGCCAAAGUUGUCCUGUCCAAGCUCCCCAUUGGUGAUGUGGCCACCCAGUACUUCGCGGACAGAGACAUGUUCUGCGCCGGCCGUGUGCCCGAGGAGGAUCUCAAACGAACCAUGAUGGCCUGUGGUGGGUCCAUCCAGACCAGUGUCAAUGCCCUGUCAGAUGAUGUUCUGGGCCGGUGUGAACUCUUUGAGGAGACUCAGAUUGGAGGAGAAAGGUACAACUUCUUCACAGGCUGCCCCAAGGCCAAGACUUGCACCAUAAUCCUGCGGGGAGGGGCAGAGCAGUUCAUGGAAGAGACAGAACGAUCCCUGCACGAUGCCAUCAUGAUAGUCAGGAGAGCAAUCAAGAAUGACUCAGUUGUUGCUGGUGGUGGUGCCAUAGAGAUGGAGCUGUCCAAGUACCUUCGGGACUACUCCAGGACCAUUCCAGGGAAGCAGCAGCUGCUGAUCGGGGCUUACGCCAAAGCCCUGGAGAUCAUUCCCCGCCAGCUCUGCGACAACGCCGGCUUCGACGCCACCAACAUCCUCAACAAGCUGCGGGCCAAGCACGCUCAGGGCGGGCUGUGGUACGGGGUGGACGUGAGCCGGGAGGACAUCGCGGACAACUUGGCGGCGUGCGUGUGGGAGCCGGCGGUGGUGCGCAGCAACGCGCUCACGGCCGCCUCCGAGGCCGCCUGUCUCAUCGUGUCUGUGGACGAGACCAUCAGGAACCCUCGUUCCAGCGCCGAGGCGGCGCCUGGCGCCCGCGGCCGCCCCCGAGCCCGACCCCACAACCACUGAGAGCCGCCCCCUGCUGCACCCCUCCCGCAGCCAGGGCUGAGCAGAGUCCGUGUGGAGCUUCCAGUUCCCAGCUGGGGGUUUGGAGGGCUCUGGGGCACCCGCCGGCCUCGUGGCACUGAGUCAGCCUGGGGGCUGCUCUGUGUUCCCCCCGGCACUGACCCCUCCAGCCAGUGCUGGGCCUUCUUCCUAUUUAUACUCCUCCAGUUGUUUGGUUCCUGUCUGCUGGGGUUUUGGAGCCCAACAAUAAAAGAUGACUUUGUUUCCAUG